GAAGCAAAAGAAAUGGAAGUGAGAAAUAAGUACGUAACAACGAAAAACCACAUCGAUGGAGCCCCAAACGCAUCAGACUUCUGCAUUUGUGAAGAAUCACUUUCACUAAAUCUCCAGACAGCUGAUCAUGAGGGUAUCUCCAACGAUGUUGUGGUGGUGCAAAAUCUGUACGUUUCCAUCGAUCCCUACCAAAUAAACCGCAUGAAGACCCACAGCUGCUCGCACAACAUUGUCCCCGCGGCAUCUGCUGUUCUUCCGGGACAGGGGAUAGGAGGCAGUGGGGUGGGGAGAGUGGUGGAUUCUGGGAACCCUGACUUUAAAGCAGGCGAUGUGGUGUCGGGAAAUCUCAACUGGGGGGAGUAUACCGUCGUCAAAGGUGGUCGUUUGUUGCAAAAAUUGGAUACCAGCUUGGGAUUCCCCCUCUCAUAUUAUGCUGGAGGAGUUCUAGGAACCAGUGGAUUGACAGCAUAUGCAGGGUUUUUCAAAGUUUGCAAGCCCAAGAAGGGGGAGAAAGUGUUUGUUUCUGCUGCAUGUGGAUCAGUUGGCAUUUUAGUCGGACAAUAUGCCAAGUUGUUUGGAUGCUAUGUUGUUGGUUGUGCAGGAAGUAAGGAAAAGGUGGACUUACUGAAAAAUAAGAUUGGGUUUGACGAUGCAUUCAACUAUAAAGAAGAAACUGAUUUGAGCUCAACUCUUGAAAGGUACUUCCCGACAGGGAUCGAUAUAUACUUCGACAACGUGGGAGGUGAAAUGCUGGAAGCAGCAAUUCAGAAUAUGAACAAUUUUGGUAGAGUGACCAUCUGUGGGCAGAUAUCUGAAUAUACAAAUACUCAAAAAAGAGCGAAGCUGGAUAUGAUACGAGUUCUCUACAAAAGAAUCAGAAUAAAGGGAUUCAUUUGUCCGGACUUUAUGGAUAUAUACCAAGAAUUCAUUUCUACUACUACCCAAUAUCUUCAGACAAGCAAGAUUAAGGUCAUCGAAGACAUUUCUUAUGGUGUGGACAGCAUCCCGGAGGCCUUUCUCCAUCUUUUUCAUGGAAAUAAUAUUGGAAAAAAGGUGGUAAGAAUUGCUCAAGAUUAG